AUGAAGUCGUCUUCCGACACGAAACGGGACGCCAUCGCUGGUAGUAAACCCCAGAGACGUCGCCCAUACGAGCCCAACUACCUGCCACCGAGCCUCAACAUGCCCGACAACCACACCAAGACCACUGCUACCGGCAGUGGAAGCGGCACCACCUCCUCCUCCGCCGGCGCCAAAUCGUCCACUGGCACUGCGUCUUCUACCGCUGCGGCCUCGUCUUCUGGAGCUGUCAGUAGCGCCACAAACACCUCGACCUCUUCCGCCGGCAACAACACCGCCUCCAACACCGCCGCCUUGAGCGAGAUGAUUACGAACCGCGACCCAGACCUGCUCCUUUGCCUGAGCAGGGGCGAGCUGCCUCGCGAUCGCACCCGAAGGGCUCCCCGCUGGAGGGAUAUCUCGGAGAGGUGGCAGCCAUUAGCCAAGCGCAAAUCAAAUGUCAUGAAGAUUCUGUGCCCUGUCUGA